AUGGAGAAGAGCUACAUGUCCGUGUUCCUGCUGCUUGUGGCCCUCUCCUGCACCCUGGCUAAGGAACCACCCAAGAAGGAGACAAAGGGGCCCAAGGAUACCAAGGACACCAAGGAGACCAAGCCCAAACUGCCACAGACACUCUCCAGAGGCUGGGGAGACCAUCUCCAUUGGACACAGACCUACGAGGAAGCCCUUUUCCGCUCCAAGACCAGCAAUAAGCCCGUGAUGAUCAUCCACCACUUGGAAGACUGCCCGCACAGUCAAGCACUGAAGAAAGUUUUUGCUGAAAACAAAGAGAUACAGAAACUGGCUGAAAAGUUUGUUCUCCUGAAUCUUGUGUAUGAAACAACAGACAAGAAUCUUUCACCUGAUGGCCAGUAUGUGCCUAGAAUUUUGUUCAUAGAUCCCAGYCUGACUGUGAGAGCAGAUAUUACUGGAAGAUACUCAAAUCGUCUCUACGCCUAUGAGCCUUCUGAUGCUCCUUUGUUGCUUGCAAAUAUGCAGAAAGCUCUGAAUACCCUGAAGACUGAACUGUAAGGGGAGGGAGGAAGCCCCUGAAUACCAUGAAGUCUGAUCUUCCAUCUCUUCUCCACUCACUGACAUGGAUGAAGAGACUAUUUACAGUGGUUUUUAGUGAUAUACAGUGCUGGUUUAUGUAUACUAUAAACACUAUGGUCUUACACCAGCACUCUUGUACUGGGCAGCAUUUUUAAAAGCUAGAGGCUUUUAAUUUUGAAGGCAUACAGAAUA